AUGUCACAGGCAGAGCAGCUGGACACGUUACAGGCUCUCUUUCCCUCACACAGUCGAUCCCUACUCGCCAAAUACCUCGCAGCGUCCAGCUACAACGUCGAAAGAGCCUUUGCCGCUAUCGAGCGGAAUGAGGCGAUCGUCGAGGCAGGCGGGAGCAGGAAGCGGCGUAGAAAGAAGGUAGAGAACGAGGGACUCGCUGGGUGGAUCCGGCGGGACAAGCAGGUGAAGACGGGCGAGGUACUUAUCCUGAGUGACUCGGAGGACGACAAGGACCCCCUUCCUUCCGCUCCUGCGACCAGCAAAUCCGCGUUCGACCUGCUCAAGCCCUCGAGGACUCCUGCUACUGCCUCUCAGCCCGCACCGACCCAUGUCAACCUUCCCCCGCUCACCGUCUCGACCCCUGCCCUCGUUGCGAAACACACGAACGGGCUCGUGACGCUCGUUGAGGAUGCCUUGCCGCCCGAACUCGCUGCACGACUGUACGUCAAAAUGGUGAAGGAGAGCGUCGGGGAAGGAGAGGGAGACAGGGCUUGGUCGCAAAACAAGUGGUACCUCGUCGACCGAGAAGUCACUUCGCCUCAUACUUCUUGCUUCUACCGCGAAUUGCCGGAGAAGCUGAGUGCGGAAGCAGGCUACGAUGCCGCUGGUUUCGACGAGUACUGGUACAACGGUGUCAAACGGACUGCUCGCGCUUUCACCCGCGACCAGGACGAAGCCCGCCAACUCGUCGGCGAGUUCGUCCGCACGCUGCUGGCAGGUCGAGAGCGACAUCCGCUCGAAUGGGACGGUGACUGGCUGCCGAACGUCGCGGUCGCCAACUGCUACCGCGGAUCGAAGGAAAGCGUCGGGUUCCAUUCGGACGUCCUGCAGUACCUCGGGCCGUAUCCGACCAUCGCCUCCCUCACACUUGGCUGCACCCGCCCUUUCCGGCUACGGCCUUUCAUCCCAUCUUCGCAGUCCUCCUCAGACGGUUCCGCCCAGCCUCCACCUCAGAUCCGUACGCUCGACAUCAUUCUCCCGCACAACUCGCUCCUCAUCAUGCACGCCGGCUGUCAAGAGCGGUACAAGCAUGCGGUACCGCCUAUGAACGGGAUGGACGUCUUUCGAUUGCCUCGAGGAAGCCUCGAUACGAGCGAGGCGUUCCCGAGGGAGGAGAAGGACGAGCUAGAGCGCAAGAAGUGGAACGAGCGGAUCAACCUCACCUUCCGACACUAUCGCGCCGACUUUGCUCCUCGCACGUCCUUCUCUCCUCCCGGCUACCUUGGCACGCCUCUCUGCGCCUGCGGAGUACCCUGCACCCUCCGCCCUGACGGUCGCGGCCGCGCACGGGCAUCCCUCGCCCGACAGCACGGCAAGGCAGCGGAGGGAGACGAGCAGGACGAGAUGGUCUUUUUCUGGGUCUGCAAUGCGGGCGCGGCGAACGGCGGCAAAGGGUGCAACACGUGGAGGCUGCUGGACAUGGAGAAGGAAGGUCGGGGGAAGUGGUUUGCGGGCAGGAAGAAGCGAGACGAGGAGGACGAAGCGGUCAAGGCGGGAUAG